UCACCGACUUCCCCAACUUUUUCGGCCCGCUAAAGCGCGCUGCCUUCGUCCGUCCCCUUGGUUCUUGGCGAUGGUUGGUACCGCCGCUGCGGCUCGGAGCGGUCAGGCCUGGCGGUGGCUUUCGGCCAGAGGGAGGCGCCGCUCCCUGGCGAGCGCGCCGCCUCUUGUAUGGGCGGCGAUUGUGGAGGUGGGAACCAGCGUGAACUUGCCCGCCAGAAAAACAUGAAGAAAGCUCAAGAACAGAACAAAGGAAAAAGAAAAGAGGAUGCAUUGUCUGCUUCUCAGAGGAAACAAAGAGAUUCUGAAAUAAUGCAGCAGAAGCAGAAAGCAGCUGAUGAGAAGAAGUCUCUUCAGACAGGAGCAAAAUAGAUUAUGGCUACAAAAAGACCUAAAUAUGCUGCAGUUCAUCUGGAAAUAUAGGGCCUAAAAAUAUUUGUAAAAGUAGUCAGCCAUUAAAUGGUUAAUGUUUAUCUUCUCUUUGCUCACUUGUCCAGUAUGCAUUUAUUUUAGAACUUGUUAGUAUAGUGCAGUUGCAGCUUACUUGGCUUUAACUGAAUUACUAGAAUCUCUUCCAAUAAAAUUGGAUUAUCAAUUCCCUUUGCAUGUUUAUUAGUAAUGGUAGCAAUAGCUUGACUGCAGUUUUCAUUGUUACAAUGUUGGCUCAGUAAAUGGCUUGUGUAACCGUACCAGUUAUCAAAUAUGCGGAUAAACUGGGGGAUACUAACAUUCAAAGGUGGAAUACCUAAAAAGCCCAGUUGCUUUGCACUUGCUUUCCAAUUUGUAAAGGUCAGCUGUAAAGUUAGUCUAAAUUAUUUUUACAAUAAAAAAUGUUGCAUGAAA